AUGCAGGAGAAGAGCUUUUCAAGCAUUGAAAUCUUCAAGAUAUGCAUUCAUUUUGUCACCUUAGUCAUAGGUAUCAUUGGAAAUGGACUCGUCAUCUUUGUGACCGGCUACAAAAUGAAGACGACAGUCAACUCCAUUUGGUUUCUCAACUUGGCGAUUGCAGACUUCGUUUUGCUUUCAUUCAUGAUUUUGGAAAUUGUUGUUACCUUUGACAAGAGUAUACUUAACAUCAACCAAUUUAUUCUGGCAUGUUUGACUUUUGAUAUUUCUCUAAAUAUGCAUGCAAGUGUUUUCUUUCUGACAGUUAUCAGUGUGGAUCGAUGUCUGUGCACAUGGUUUGUUGUUUGGGUUCAGAACAAACGAACUUUAGUCAAAGCCAGAAUCAUCAGUGUAUUUGUGUGGAUUUUAGCCAUCUGCUGCAGCAUCCCUGUUGGCAUUGCUCGUUAUGUACUUAACAAUGAAAAUUACAUCAAUGUCUAUAUGCCCCAGUUCACAUACAGGUUUAUUGUUGGAUUUCUAAUUCCCUUUAUAAUCAUUGCAUCUUCAUACAUAGCAAUUGGUGUGCGGGUAAAACGUCUCAAAACAGGAAAUAACUUCCGGCCUUUUUGGGUCAUCAUAUCUGUGAUUCUGGCUUUCUUCAUAUGCUGGUUUCCUUUCCAUGUUCAACGACUGUGUAACAUACAUGCAGUGAAGUAUAACUGGAGUGACAGUGCUAGAAAGAAAUGUACUCCAUUUGCUUUUAUAGCCUGUCUGGCUUAUCUAAACAGUUGUCUGAACCCCAUUCUCUAUGUGUUUAUGUGUGAUGAGUAUAAGAAGAAACUUAAAAAGUCUCUCUUGCUGGUUUUUGAGGGGGCUUUUACUGAAGAGCAUCUGGAAAUGAUAAAACAAUCUAAGAGAACCCACUCGUCCCGUCGUCAAUUAUUGCUCUGGUAG